AGACAGAGUAUUCGUCUGUUCUCACGACGACAAUGCUGGCGAAAACGCCGACGAGAGAUUUGGCGACGCGAGUUCUGACGAAUCCGGCAACGACACCGCCGAAGACCUAGAUGGUCUCAGCGGUGCUUCCGUCGACUCUGGCGUAGGCGUCGUCACCGCGGCCGCCGUCACGUCCACGGUGUCUCCGACCGAAAAUUUCGAUCCGGUCAAUUCUCGUAACGGCGAUGCUGGCGAGAACGCCGACGAAAAUCUUAGCGACGCGAGUUCUGACGAAUCCGGCGACGACACUGCCGGAGAGCCAGACGGAAUCGGAACGGACGCCGAAGAAUUCGAUCCGGCUAAUUCUUCUAACGAUAACGGCAAUACCGGUGACGAGAACGCCGACGAAAAUCUUAGCGACGCGAGUUCUGACGAACACGACGACGACGACGACGAACCCAGCAUCGAGGCAAAGAUAGAUCAAUUUUUGAAAGACCUCGAAAAUCCCAAUCCGGUUACCGACGGGUCGAGCGUUUCUAGCUCGAACAGAGACCGAAGAGCAAACAGUCGAUAG